CCUUCGCCACACUACUCCACCGUGCCAGUGCCACGCGACCACGACACUUUUACUUUCGCGCGGAAAUCGCGAAUCGACAGUUCGAAAAUUUAAAAUUUUUAUUCGUUGUGUUUGUGGUUAGUGACGUCAUGGACAAGUGAUUUUUUUUUCUCUCCCAAUAGACACUAAAUCAAAAUGUUAUUGUGCCUUGUUAUUUGGAGCGUUUUGCUUGCACCGACUCUGUCACAAGAGCGUCGCUGUGGUCAUCCUGCAGUACCGCCAAACGCAAGAGUAUCAAUACCCAAUGAAGAAAACAUCGUUGCUGGAACCAUAGCCGUCUAUGAAUGCGACGAAGGAUAUGAACUGUUCGGAGCUCGCCAGCGGGAGUGCACCUUAAGAGGAGACUGGACCCUAGAACCGCCUUUCUGUGGAACGAAUGUGGCCUUCAGGAAGCCUGCCAAUCAGUCUACAACGGUUCGAGGAGGUGCAGCAGCUAAUGGCAACGAUGGAGAGAAAACCACUGAGCAUGACCGCAAGAGGUGCACGGAGACACAGCGAGAAGCGUCUCCGUGGUGGCAAGUUGAUCUGCUCAGGCAUUAUGCUAUCAAGGUCGUCAGGGUCACAACACGAGGCUGCUGUGGCCAUCAACCUCUUCAAGAGUUGGAGAUCAGAGUCGGAAACAGCAGUUCUGACCUCCAGCGGAACCCUCUAUGUGCCUGGUUUCCUGGAACUAUUGACGAAGGCGUUACGAAAACGUUCACGUGCGCUCGACCUCUGAUCGGGCAGCACGUGUUUCUGCAACUGGUUGGUGUCGAGGGCUCCUUAUCGCUUUGCGAAGUUGAAGUUUUUACAACAGAAGAAUUUUCGAACGAUCGAUGCGCUCCGGCCGGCGCCCCCGCUGAUAUUGAAUUGGCUGCGUUCUCCAGAAACUGUUAUGAGUUCAACGUUGCCAGGGGGGGCUCGUUCGACGAAGCCAGGAAGCAAUGUCAAUCACAUGGUGGCGAUUUAAUACACGGCUUUCAGGGUGCCACGUCGAGUUUCCUCACUCAAGAACUGGAGCGUCGUAAAGCACAGUUAAAAACACAGUUGGUCUGGAUCGGAGCCCAAAAGGAGCCGGGCCUCACAUCUCGAACCUGGCAAUGGGUGGAUGGCGAAUUAGUUUCGAAGCCGAGCUGGGGUAAAGACCAGCCUAAUAAUUACAACGGGGAACAGAACUGCGUUGUCCUGGACGGCGGGAGAGGCUGGUUGUGGAACGACGUUGGCUGCAACCUCGAUUACUUGCACUGGAUCUGCCAGUACCUGCCUCCCACGUGCGGCAGUCCGGAUAAACUACUGAAUACUACCAUACUCGGAAACGAUUAUGAUGUUGGAUCAAGAAUUGUCUACAAGUGCCCCGAAGGUCAUAUGUUGCUCGGCGACAAAAGCAGGCACUGCAAGAAAGACGGGUUCUGGUCUGGAGCACCUCCCAGCUGUAAAUAUGUAAAUUGUGGGGGUCUAACGCCGAUCGAAGACGGAGAUGUGGCUCUUAUUGACAACAGAACAACCCACGGGGCUAGAGCUCUUUACUCCUGCCGCGAAAACUUCACCUUAGUCGGAAACCCUGAAAGAACCUGCGGUGAUGAAGGUAUUUGGGAUGGAGAGGCUCCGAGAUGCCUGUUCGACUGGUGUCCCGAUCCUCCCGCCGUCUCCAACGCCUCAGUGACUGUCAAUGGACACAAAGCGGGUUCUUUGGCUUCGUAUACGUGUGAAAAUGGCCAUAUUCUUUCCGGGUCAACGAGCGUCACUUGCACCCUCGGUGGUGCUUGGUCAGGAGUACCUCCGUCCUGUAAAUACGUCAACUGUGGAACCCCGACAAUUCACAAGGGCUCUUUUGUACUCAUCAACGGAACCACCACAUAUGGCUCCAUUGCCCAGUUCACAUGCGAGCCCGACUACUGGUUGAACGGAGCUGAAGAGCUGGUUUGCAAUAGGGACGGCAAGUGGUCGUAUGACAUCCCAUCUUGUGAAUUGACAUCGUGUCCAGAGCCAGAAGUACCUUCCGGCGGUUACAUGGAGGCUUUCGAUUACUACGUGCACUCAACAAUAAACUUCCACUGCGAAGCGGGACAUAAGCUGAUAGGGGAACCCAAUCUCGUUUGCCAGCAAGACGGAGAAUGGUCAGGGGAUUCGCCGACAUGUGAAUAUAUCGAUUGCGGGAAAUUGCCAACAUUGCCGUACGGCACAAUGGAACUGUUAAACGGAACGACCCACCUGGGAAGCGUCAUUCAGUACUCAUGCACGACCAACUACAGACUUGUUGGUCCAGUAAGGAGGACCUGCACCGAAGAAUUUCAAUGGAGCGAUUCUUCGCCCAGAUGUGAAGAAAUCCGAUGUUCCGAUCCGAUAGUGGCCGAGAAGAGCAUAGUAUCCGUGACCGGUAACGAUAGGAGCCAUGGGCACACGCUGAUCAGGACGUCUGACAACAGAGACGUCGGAAACACUUACCGUAUUGGAGCGCUUGUGAAGUACAGAUGUGAGAAAGGAUACAAAGUGAUCGGAGAGAGCUUAUCGACUUGUGAAGAUAAUGGACAGUGGAGUGGAACAACGCCAACCUGCCAAUACGUCGACUGCGGCAAUCCAGGACGAAUCGAGAAUGGCAAAGUGACUCUUCCAUCGAACGCCACAUUCUAUGGGGCCACCGCUUUCUACCAAUGUGAUGAAAACUGGGAGCUGGAGGGCGUGAUCAGGAGAAUGUGCCAAGAGAAUGGGACUUGGAGUUUGGAGCCUCCCAUUUGCAAAGAGAUCACCUGCCCGGACCCAUCGGCCCAAAUCAAGGCCGGAUCUGGUCUGUUAGUUGUUACGUCGACCCUCAGCAUUGGGGGAGAGGCCCAUUACCAGUGCGAGAGAGGUUACAACCUCAAAGGUCACCAGACAAGAACCUGCAUAUCGAAAGGACAGUGGAAUGGAACUGUGCCUGUUUGCAUACCAAUCGACUGUAGGUCACCGGGAAAUAUAGAGAACGGUAAAAUCGUCAUCUCUAACGGCUCCACGCUGUUCGGAAGCUCCGUGGAAUAUUACUGUCUAUCCCAAUACCAGCGAGUUGGACCUUUCUUGAGAAAGUGUCUGGAUGACGGUCGCUGGUCGGGUGAAGAGCCAAGCUGUGAACUAGCGACCAACGAGGCUGUGGACAGUGGAACUCUGCCCCUAAGUGUUGGGGUCGGGUGUGGAGUGGUCCUGUUCCUACUGAUGCUUCUAGGAAUCGUUUAUCUGAGGCUACGGAAAGCAACGCCUGUUAAGAACACGGAAAACAUUGAGGGCGCCGAGCGAAAGGAAGAUCAGAGCGCGGCGGUGAUGAGCUACGCCACGUUGCACGACGCCAGCGGACGCCACAUCUACGACCACGUUUCUGACAACGUGUACGACUCGCCUUACAGCGAACAGAUAACUGACAACGUCGCGUACGGCAGACGAGGCGACACCGACUCCGCCUACGAGCCAGAGCCGACCGGACCCAAUGCUGUCAUCACCAUCAACGGAGUCGCGGUGCGUUGAUCCUCAAUUGAUACAACAAUAAUCGAUUAUUAAAAGGUGUUCCAGACGUUUCUGAAUCGAUGUGGGUCACGAUUAAAUCGGUGAGGUUACAGGUGUGUUUUGUUUUAAGUGUUAGCUCGUUUGCCGAAACGUCACGCGUGUGGCUUCUCGAUACUAAUGGGAAAUCGAUUUUCGUUGUUUAAAUUGACUCGAAGCGUCGCAUAGUGAUAACCAACCUUUACUAGAUAUUGAGCCAAAGAUGUAAAUGUGUUGGAUUUACGUGUGAAAUGAUUUAAGACUGUAUUUCGUUGACUUUCAAACUGAUUCUUGCAUCGAAUGAUGUUGUUGUACAAAUCACAUUUUUUAUUUUCAAUGCGGAAAGACGAUGCAGUCUUAAAUCGGUACAUAGCUGUAUGAAUAUGUAUUUAAAAGUAGCUUUCGAUAGGAUUUACUUUUUGUAUAUUUAAUUAUUAAUUAAAUUUUAAGUCAAUAAAUGUGUAAUUUAUUUUAUAUCCACAAAUCGUUACAAUUUUGAUGCCAAAAUAACCGCUUUCGUUUAUAUGUUCUGUAUUUAUAUUAUUGAAUAAACAUAGCGAUUUCAUUGAAGUCUUGUUAUUCAGAGGUAAUAUUUUUCAUGAAAGGUUGGUGUUUAUGUAAGUACUAUUAUGUGCCUUUUCCUAAUUGAACGUUUUUGCUUUUAACCGCGCUUGGUUAUUGUACAUAUUAUCAUAGUAUAUUAAGUUUAAUAUAGUAAUUAAUUUUUAUAUUUUCGUUAUAAGAAUGAUACUGCCUUAUUUCUACGACGAUCCUAUUCGACUUCUUUUUUUUAUUAUUAAAAUAAAUUUUACUACUUGAAACUGACACGUUGUUUUCGAUGUUAAAUAAAUAAAUUGUGAUCGAACUAAACUGAUUAUACUCGUAAUAGUUAUGUAUUAAAUAAACACUCGUUUAAUCUACUUUAAGCGUAUGUAUACAUCAUAUUAGCUAUUUUUGUUAUGUAUUUGUUUGUACUU